GGUCAGUGACAAAUUUACUGAAACAUAUUUCAAUCCAGAAGAAUAAUUUCUAAAAUGUUGUCUGUUGCUCGUCAAGUUUCCAGAUCUUUUGCGGCCGGCUCAUCUAGGUUAAGCGGUGUAUCUCAAUGCAGCCCGGUUCAAGCUAGUUUACUAGCAAGCAAAUACGAUGUUCAACAGUACAGAUACAAAUCAGAUGGUGUUAAAGGAGCUGUUAUCGGUGUAGAUCUUGGAACAACUAACAGCUGUGUCGCUGUUAUGGAAGGAAAGGCUGCUAAGGUUAUCGAGAACGCUGAGGGCGCCCGUACUACCCCCUCCGUUGUCGCAUUUACCUCCGACGGCGAGAGAUUGGUGGGCAUGCCCGCUAAGAGACAAGCUGUCACCAACUCUGCAAACACCUUUUAUGCUACUAAGCGUCUCAUUGGUCGCAGAUUUGAUGACCCUGAAGUUCAGAAGGAUAUGAAGAUGGUUUCUUACAAAAUUUGCAAGGCUAGCAACGGUGAUGCAUGGGUUUCAUCAACUGAUGGCAAAGUUUAUUCUCCUUCUCAGAUCGGAGCUUUCACACUCAUGAAGAUGAAGGAAACCGCUGAAGGAUACCUUGGUACCAGUGUAAAGAAUGCAGUUAUUACUGUACCAGCAUACUUCAAUGAUUCUCAGAGACAAGCCACUAAGGAUGCUGGACAGAUUGCUGGAUUAAAUGUUCUCCGUGUUAUUAACGAACCCACCGCUGCUGCCCUCGCCUACGGAAUGGAUAAGACUGAUGAUAAGGUUAUCGCUGUAUUUGAUCUUGGAGGCGGUACCUUUGAUAUCUCUAUACUGGAGAUCCAGAAGGGUGUGUUCGAGGUGAAAUCCACGAACGGAAACACAUUCCUCGGCGGAGAGGAUUUUGACAACCAUCUGCUGACUUACCUCAUCGGAGAGUUCAGGAAGGAACAGGGGAUUGAUCUAACCAAGGAUGCUAUGGCUCUACAGAGAGUAAGAGAGGCUGCUGAGAAAGCUAAGGUUGAGCUCUCCUCUGCCAUGCAAACUGACAUUAACCUACCCUACCUAACCAUGGACGCGUCAGGACCUAAACACAUGAACAUGAAACUGAGCAGGUCUAAGUUCGAACAGAUCGUCGGAGAUCUCAUUAAAAAGACUGUCGAUCCAUGCAUGAAGGCUAUGAAGGAUGCCGAAUGUUCCAAAUCUGACAUUGGAGAAGUCAUUCUUGUAGGAGGUAUGAUUUUAGGUGGUGUACUAGCUGGAGAUGUUACUGAUGUUCUUCUCCUUGAUGUUACCCCUCUCUCCCUCGGCAUUGAGACUCUUGGAGGAGUCUUCACCAAGCUGAUUAACAGAAAUACCACAAUCCCAACAAAGAAAUCUCAGGUAUUCAGUACUGCAGCCGAUGGACAGACCCAGGUUGAGAUCAAGGUUCAUCAAGGAGAACGAGAAAUGGCAAGAGAUAACAAAAUUCUAGGACAAUUCCAGUUGGUUGGUAUCCCCCCUGCACCAAGAGGAGUUCCACAGAUCGAAGUUACUUUUGAUAUUGAUGCUAACGGUAUCGUUAACGUGCACGCCAGGGACAAGGGAACCGGUAAGGAACAGCAGAUCGUUAUCCAGAGCUCCGGAGGACUCAGCAAGGACGAGAUCGAGAACAUGGUAAAGGAGGCCGAGGCCAACGCCGCCACCGACAAGGUGAACAGGGAGCGUGUGGAGGCCAUCAACCAGGCCGAAGGUGUCCUCCAUGACACUGACUCUAAGAUGGAUGAGUUCAAAGAUCAGCUGCCAAGCGAGGAUGUUUCAAAGAUGAAGGAGAAGAUCGCUGAGGUUCGUGAGAAACUAGCAAACAAGGAGACAAUGGAGCCCGAGGCCAUUAAGGAGGCUGUCAACGACCUCCAACAAUCUAGUCUAAAGUUGUUCGAGAUGGCCUACAAAAAGAUGGCCGCCGAUAACGCCGGAAACCAAUCCUCAUCAACCUCUGACGAUGACAAAAAGAAGGAGGACAAGAACUAAUCUAUUAACCAGAAAAUAGCAAAUCCGCGGAAAAUAUUUGGUGGAUUUUGCACCGCCAUUUUGUUUCCUCAAAAUCUACGAACCUUCACUCUGUAAAGAAAUCUUCGUGUGUAAACAAAAGUAGUUAAUGUAAUUUUUUUACAUUACUUUGUUGUAGUUUGAUGAACUCUAAGAGGGCAUUUUCAAAGCUGUGAUGUAUUGUAUGGCCACCUUUUUAGAGACUCGAGUCCAUUUUCGAUAUAUUCUUUCCCGGGAAAAUAUUAAAUAAAUUUUAGAAUUUAAAAUUUAUAUUUUUUCCUUUUCAGAAA